AUGUGUAAAGUGUUAACUAAGCCUCUAAAAGAACAGUGGCAAUGUGCUGAUGGAGAAUGUAUUAGUGUGGACGAUAUAUGUGAUGGCCGUCUUGACUGUUUGGAUGGCAGUGACGAAACACACGCCCUCUGCCGGAAAAUGAGAUGUCCAGAACACCUGUUUCGAUGUACAUACGGCGCUUGUGUGUCGAGUAAAGCGCCUUGUGAUGAUAAAGUGGACUGCGCCGACGCCUCGGACGAACUCAGUCCCAUUUGUAGAAUUAAAAGUGAUGAAAUAAACGGCCAAUAUAUAUGUACUAAUGGGCAAUUAAUACCAGUUGAGAAGCGUUGUGAUGGUAUACCACAUUGUAAGGAUGGUUCGGACGAGACUGUCAGAUCGUGUGCCAACAUGACUUGUCAUCCGUAUCUAUUUCAAUGCGCUUACGGCGCCUGCGCAGAUCACGGUGCGGAUUGUAAUGGAAUAAUCGACUGCGCAGACGGAUCGGAUGAAGCUGUUGAACUAUGCAGCAACGAGACAAUAUCUACUUUGUUGACCACAACACCUGUUGUUGAAAUUAGUUCUAAAUGCAAACUUCCUGACUACCCUCAAUACGGUACAUAUACCGUAGUAGGCUUUCCCACCGCUGUUCCUGGUCAGAUAUUGGAAAAGCCGAUUAUAGAAAUGUCAUGUAACACAGGGUAUGCUUUAGAUUCUCCUAACAGUAUGUAUUGUGUUGAUGGAACCUGGUCUUCAGCACCACCAAGAUGUGUCCGUAAGUAUACCACCAGCUUACUACGCAUCCCCACUACCUAA